CUUCAAUCAAUCAGGCAUGAGAAGAUAUGACGUCACAGCUACACGACGAGAAAGCUUUAACAUCGUCUUGUAUAGGAUUCUACAAGCUAAGCGAUAAACACGUGGAUAAAGAUUAAGGACGUUAUCCAGUGUGUCGUAGUUAAUUUCAGAACUGAAGAUGCAGAACAUAAUCACGUCAGAAGUUAUCGACGAAUACCAGAAUAAUGGUGCUGUUUGUAUUCGAAAUGUUUUUGACCUUAAAUGGGUUAAAGCCGUAGAAAAGGGAAUACAAAGAAACUUGGAGAAUCAAAGCUCUUUUUCUGAGACUUUGAGAGGACAGAAUGAAUCAGGAGCUUAUUUCGAUGAUUACUGCAACUGGACUUGGAUUUCCGAAUUCAGGGACUUUGUCUUUCAGUCACCAGUUGCUGAGAUGACAGGUCUUCUAAUGCAGUCUCAGUAUUCUGCCUUCUAUCACGAGCACGUGCUAGUCAAAGAACCAGGAACGACCCAGAAAACUCCAUGGCAUCACGACCAAUCCUACUAUCCUAUCGAUGGAUUUAAGGUAUGUUCGGUAUGGAUGCCCGUAGACUCCGUAUCAAAGGACUCCAGCAUCCAAUUUGUGGCUGGCUCUCAUCGGUGGGGAAAAUGGUUUUACCCAAGAAAAUUUGCUACUUUCCGAAACUAUGAGCUGGAAAACAACUGCUUUGAUCGAGUAUUUGAAGAUGUUCCAGACAUUGAUGCUGGGCGAGACCACUACACCAUCCUGCAGUGGGAUGUUCAGUCAGGAGAUUGUGUUGUUUUGCACAUGAGGACUUUACAAGGAGCUCCUGGUAACAUCUCCUUCACGCGACCUAGAAGAGUCUUGGCAACUCGAUGGUUGGGAGAUGAUGCUGUAGUGACAAAUAGAGAUGGCAGACAUCACCACCCACUUUUGGAGAGCUGAAACCAGGAGACAAGGCUGUGUCAGAAUAGUUUCUGUUAGUAUGGAAAAGAAUAAAUUAGUCGUCAUCCCCCUGCACGGCGCGGUUUUGGAGCAGGUCUAGUAGCUGGAGCUAUUGUUGGAGGCACUUUAGAUGCUGCUCUUCAUGGGGAACACCAUCAUCACCACCAUCACCAUCGUCCGCCGUUACACCAUCAUCAUCACCACUGACAUAAAAUUUGAAGGUGUCUAAGAAACAGAAAAACAUUUUAAUUAAUUAAUAUCUCAAAAGAUAAAUACUUAUUUUCAAUAACUAAAGUACGCAAGCAUUUUUUCAAUGAUGACACAAAACGAUUGUUGUAUCUCGGAUAGUUUUUAUGUGAAUAACAUUAUUUACUGAAUCAAUAAUUAUUAAAUGUUUGCCAUGGUAUUUGUACGAAAUAUUGUCGGUUUAGAAUCUAAAAACCUAUUGUGGAGAAGGAAGUAUUGAAAUCUUUGUGUGUGUAAUAAAUGCAAAAAUAUAUACA